CGAGAUAGAUACUGUAGCAGCAAGCAUAGACCCAGAAUGUAUUAUCUGGGAAGUUGAAUUGUCUCCGCUGAGCCUCCGUAGCGACGCAAUUGGCCACUUGGCUGUUUCAGGAAAAGGGACGCCGUUGUGUCAAUUCACAAACCUAAUCCAAUUUCCAAAGUUCUGCCAUCAUGUCAGACAAAAGUGAGCUGAAAGCAGAGCUGGAAAGGAAGAAACGAAAGUUGGCUCAGAUCCGGGAGGAGAAGAGAAUCAAGGAGGAGGAGCGCAAGAAAGAGGCGGACCUGAAGAAGGAUGCCGCUCCGCAGACCGAUGACACCGAGCUGGACAAGAAGAGGCGGGAGGCGGACGCCAUCCUGCAAAGCAUGGGCAUCACCUCAGACGUGACCGCUGGUAGGUUCCCCGUUGAGGCUCGGUCUGUCACUCACUGCAAUAAAUCACACGUGGAAUAUCAAUAAAAUUAAAAGAUUGCA